UCUACCCCCUUUUCCUCUAACCUUUAGCUCUCCUCCCUCCCUCCCUCCCUCCCUCCCUCUCCUCUCCUCUCCUCUCCUCUUCCCUUCCUCUAACAAGAACUAGUCCUAGCCAUUCAGAUCCUAAGUUGCUGACCUUGCUGCUUCUUGUUGGAGAAAGAUUUGUUGGUUCUAAGUUGGAAGUAUCAUGAGUCCACCGAGUGUGAUGGGGCAGUUUGGAGACACAACCUACACCAAGGUUUUCGUUGGGGGACUCGCAUGGGAAACCCAGAAGGAGACCAUGAGGAAGUACUUCGAGCAGUUUGGGGAGAUCCUGGAGGCUGUUGUCAUCACUGACAAGAAUACCGGCAGAUCCAAGGGCUACGGAUUUGUUACCUUCCGGGACCCUGAUGCGGCGAUGAGAGCUUGUGUUGAUCCCGCGCCGGUGAUUGACGGGAGGAGGGCUAACUGUAAUCUGGCUUCCCUUGGGGUUCAAAGAUCUAGGCCUCCAACACCCCAGCAUGGAGGAGCUAGGAGCUUUAGGGUGAUGAAAUCCUUCAGCCAGCAGGCAGGGAUCCAAGGUGGGCUGGGUGCAGCUUUUCCUUCUCAUGCCACCUUUCCUCAUUAUGCCAUCCCACAAGGCCUCCCCUACCAUGUCUAUGGGUACUCUCCCUAUACUCCAGACUACGGCUAUCCAACAAACUUAUACAAUAUCUAUGGAGGAGCCCAGUACCCAUUUUAUGGAGGAGCAGCAGCUGGCAUGGUGACUGGAACAAGUCCCUUUUAUCCAUAUUUCCAGUUUGGGCAGUCAGGAAACACUACAACCAACUAUACAUCUGGACAAGGCUACAACUUGCAAUACCCACAGAUGUUCCACUUCUCUACUGUCUCAUCUACAGCUGCAGCUGUGACGGGCUUUGCUCAGCAGUUUGGAGGACCAUUGUCACUAGCAGCGAGCCCUCAAGCCCAAGCAGUGUGUGUCCCCAUUAAACAGGCAUGACUAUGGCACUUACAGCUCCAACACUGCCAACUCCAACUCAGGCUGCUCAUCCUUACCGGCUGAUUCCCUCACACUUUGCGGUGUCCGCUGCUCCAGAGCAACCCUUGGCCUAACCAUGGUCUCACUUCCCACUGUCACUGUCUUGUUCUCAUUUCCAACGUGUUGAGUCCAUGCAUCCAUCUCUAACACCAAAAGGCACUAUUGUAGAUCCUAUUCAUCAGUCAAAGUGCUCACCUCCAUAUACCACAUAAUUAUGUGGUGAUUGGAAAUUAGCUUUAGCCCCAGGAUGGGCUCAAAGCUUCAUGCCCCAAGGAUGGGGUGUACUAACAGACAAGCAUAAACCCCAACCAUUCUAACAACAGUCCAAGGAAGGACUUCAUCUGGGAGAGUUAGUUUCAGCCCUAGCAAGACAAGGCUGUAGCUAAAGAAACUCUAACAGUCAACCAUGACCCAGGGAGGGUUAUUUCAUGAUGAUACUGGUCAAAUUGGACAACAAUGACAGCCAAACAACUGACUGAACUAGCAUGCCACUCCCACAUAUAAUCAGUAGAAUCCCAACUGUAUCUAAGUUAGGCAUGGUGCUUCUGGGUUAAGCAUGAACCAUUUAGCGUUCCUAAUUUAGUCUUGGUGUUAACUAGAGCAAAUGAAUUUGACAUAUAACCAGUGACUACUUCUUGUGUAACCAACCGCUCACCUUUCCUAUGCAAAUGAUUAGAUGCACCAACUAACAUUUCAUAUGAUCUUUCAGUUGAUAGCUUGCAUCUAGGUGGUCAAGGCUCUAAGGAGAGCCUGUGCCCCUAAUCAGAGACAGGUUCAGAGUAAUGCUAAUGUUUAUUUUUAGCACUUGGCACUACCUCCUGUCAUUCCAAAUACAGUAUUGGGUACUCCAAAGAAGGCUUUGGAGUAGCCAAAACCGCUGUGUAACUCAUUAACUCAAUGGACCCAUAGAUAAAUUUUUAUUGUCUUGGGUCACCCGCUCAUGUAGAUGUCAUUACUUCUCAGUGUUACUAUCAUGGUUAGGUCCAGGUCUCCACCCCCUCCCCCUCCCUUCCCUUCUCUGGGCGCAGCGCAGAGACCUUGCUAUUAAUCUACUAUUCCCAGGCAUGGUGGUUGUAAUAAUAAAGUAGCACUAUGCUACUUGUAGGACAUGAAGAACUAUUUGUUAUUUUACCCUUCAUAUGUACUUAAUAUCCUACCCAUUUCAAUUCAGUAGUUGGUACGUUAUUUCCAACCAUUGUAGUACUACAUAAUGUUGUGUAAAAUAUGUCCAGUGUGUUGCACAUUUCUUAGUCACCACUCUUCAAUUGCACAUGUUCCAGUUGAAAGUAAAAUUACAUCUAUGAAAGUA